AUGAAGUUGACCUUCAAGCAAGUCAACGUCAAAGCUGUGCUGAAGAAAGAGAAAAAAGGAAGUAUGUUCUUCAACAGAAGAGAAACAACAGAGGGUUGUCAUCCGGCAUCAACAUCUGAUUCUGUUGAAAGGAUUCCAUUUUCAAAUACUUCAAGUGUUUCAACCACCAAUGUUGAGAGAAGGAAUGUGUAUCAUCUUCCUGUUUAUGCUACUCCAAAUAUUAGUAGUAAUUUGUUUCACUCAUCUACACAAAUAACACAAUUUCAAGUAAGUAUGAAGUUGACCUUCAAGCAAUUCAACGUCAAAUGUGUGUUGAAGAAAGAGAAAAAAGGAAGUAUGUUCUUUAACAAAAGAGAAACAACAGAGGGUUGUCAUCCGGCAUUAACAUCUGAUUCUGUUGAAAGGAUUCCAUUUUCAAAUACUUCAAGUGGUUCAACCAACAAUGUCGAAAGAAGGAAUGUCCAUCACACUCCUUUUGGAAGUACUAAGCAAAUAUCCAAUUUUGUUGAGAUGACUCUAUUAUCAGAUAUUACAAAUUGUGGAAUAUCUAAAAUUGAAUUACAAAUGAGUGAUGACAUGUUACCAGAUUCUGUGGUUAAGAAGAUUCAUGGAAUUUCUAAAGAUUAUAUUGAUCAUGGAGAUGCCAUCUUUGUGUGUUCUAAAUGUGAUGCAAUGUUAUGGGAAGAUGAAAUGCUUAGGGAAAUAAAAAACUCUCGCAAUUUCAUGGAUAAUAUUCGAGCAUAUAACAUGAUGUUUUCCUUCACAUCUCUUGGUGGGAAGGUUGACAAAAGUUAUCAGAGAGGUAAAGGUCCUUAUGUAUUUAGACUACAAGGUCAGAAUUAUCAUCGAAUGGGUAGUCUACUUCCGGACGAUGGGGAAGAACCUAAAUUCUCCCAGCUUUACAUAUAUGAUUCACAAAACGAAGUUGUAAAUCGUCAAAAAGUAGUAAAUUCUCAGAUAGAAUGCAAAACUACAAGAAACAACCAGCUUGAUAGUACAACCAUAGAGGGUCUUAAAGAUAUGUUGGAUUCUUGCAAUCCUCUUGUCCAGUCCUUCAGAAUGGUAAGAGAUUGUUUUCAAGAAAAUGAGUUUCAAGAUGUAAGCUUGAAGCUUAUUGGAACAAGAGAUAAGGAUGGAAGAGUUCACAAUUUGCCAACAGCAUCAGAAAUUGCUGCGUUAAUACAUGGUGAUUUUGAUGGAGCAUUUGAUAAAUGGGACAUUGUUGUUAGAAAGAAGUCUGGUGGUCUUCAAAGAAUUAAUGAGCUUCAUCCCUCUUACCUUGCUUUGCAAUAUCCACUUAUUUUCCCAUAUGCGGAAGAUGGUUAUAGAGUUGGUAUUAAACAUAGAGGGGUUGCGAUUGAUGAUGAGCAGUUUUUGGUUGAUGGAUACACGAUGAUAGAAUCUUCCAGGUUGAAUUAUAUAAGGACACAACAACCUAAACUUAGAGUGCAAAAUCUUAAGAACUUGAAUGCUACUAUUGAAAGUGGAGAGAAUAAUGCCUCAAGUUGUGGUAAACCUAUACUUUUACCUUCAUCAUUUACUUGUGGUUCUAGAUAUAUGAUGCAAAAGUACUUGGAUGCUAUGGCAAUUUGCAAGUCUGUUGGAUAUCCCGAUUUAUUCAUAACGGUGACUUGUAAUCCAAACGGGCCUGAGAUUUACAGGUGUUUGCACGAUAAAGCUCUUAAUGCUGAAGACAGACCGGAUAUUAUCUCUAGAUUAUUCAAGUGUAAAUUGGAUCAUCUUAUAAAAGAUUUCAAGAAACAUAAAUUCUUUGGUGAUAUACAAGAAGCCCACUGUUCAAAAAUUUCAGUUAUGUAUACAGUGGAAUUUCAGAAGCGUGGUCUCCCACAUGCUCACAUAUGUUUGUUCUUGGGUGCUGAAAGCAAAUUUCCAAAUGCAUCUGACAUUGAUCGUGUUAUUACUGUUGAGAUACCAGAUAAAGAAAGAGAUCCUGAAUUAUAUGAGCUUGUCAAGCAAUUUAUGAUUCAUGGACCAUGUGGUACAGACAACCCACUUUGUCCAUGUAUGGUUCAGCAAAAAUGUUCUAAAAAGUUUCCCAAAAAAUAUGUAGAUGAGACUUGUGUUGAUUCUGAAGGAUAUCCUGUCUAUCGUCGCCGUCAAACAAGUAAUACAGUAGUAAAGAAUGGUGUGACACUUGAUAAUAGAUUUGUAGUUCCUUACAAUGCUCUCCUGCUCAGAAAGUAUCAGUGCCGCGUUAGCGUUGAAUGGUGCAACCAGUCAGGUUCUAUCAAAUAUUUGUUUAAAUAUAUUAAUAAGGGGUCUGAUAGAGUCACUGCUUCUGUUUUUCAAGCCAAUAGCACCAAGAAUAAUACGGAACAGAAUGUAGCUGUAGAUGAGAUAAAAGCAUACCUUGAUUGUAGAUAUAUCUCUGCUUGUGAAGAUGCUUGGAGAAUAUUCAUGUAUGAUAUACAUUAUAGAUAUCCAGCUGUUGAAGUAUUACCUUUUCAUUGUGAAGAUGGUCAGAGUAUUAUGUAUAACGAUCAUGAUAAUUUGUGUGAUAUUGUUAUUGAUCCAACUGUGAAAAUGACAAUGUUUACAGAGUGGAUGAAUUGUAAUAAAGUCGAUGAAUUUUCCAGGACAUUGAGGUAUGUUCAGUUUUCGGGAUAUUAUGUAUGGAAUGCUAAAAAUCGCAAAUGGAAUCGAAGAAAGCAUCCGUAUGGAUCAAUUGGGAGGAUACAUUAUGUCCCACCAUCACUUGGUGAUUGUUAUUACCUAAGGAUUUUACUGAAUCAUAUUAAGGGACCAACCUGUUUUGAAGAUAUAAAAACAGUUGAUGGGCAGGUUUUUCAAACAUUUAAAGAUGCAUGUUUUGCACGGGGGCUCUUGGAUGAUGAUAAAAAAUAUGUUAAUGCUGUCAAAGAAGCUAGCACAUGGUUAACCGGAGAUUUCUUGAGGACCUUUUUUGUAAUGUUGUUGCUGUCAAAUUCGAUAUCUCGUCCUGGUGUUUUUUGGUCGGAAACGAAGUCCCUGUUAUGUGAAGACAUUCUGUAUCAGCAACGAAAGAUAACUGGUAUUGCGGAUUUGGAUCUUCAACAAGAAGAAUUUGAAAAUAUCUGUCUAUCUGAAAUUGAAAAGUUGCUACUUACCAAUGGAAGUACAGUGAGAAAUUUUGAUGAUAUGCCAAGUGUUCCGGACAAUUAUGUUUCAUCGUUGAACAAUCGAUUGAUAAUGAAAGAAUUAUCGUAUGACAGACUAGCUCUUCAAAGGGAACAUGAUCGUUAUGUAAAGUGUUUAACUGCCGAACAGGAAAGGAUAUAUAAAAUUGUUAUGGAAGCGAUUGAAAAAGGUGAUGGAGGUGUGUUUUUUGUAUAUGGUUAUGGUGGAACUGGAAAGACGUUUCUUUGGAAGACAUUCUCAGCUGCAUUACAAUCAAAAGGUGAAGUUGUAUUGAAUGUUGCAUCCAGUGGAAUUGCUUCACUUUUGCUGGAUGGUGGUAGAACUGCUCAUUCAAGGUUUGUAAUUCCAAUCAACAUUAAUGAGAAUUCAAUAUGUUCGAUAGAGCCUAAUACUGAGUUAGGUGAUUUAAUUAAAAGAGCAACAUUGAUUAUGUGGGAUGAAUCACCUAUGACUCACAAGCAUUGUUUCGAGGCUCUUGAUAGAACAAUGAGAGAAAUAUCACGUUCCAGUCAACCGAACAUGCAAUCGAAGCCGUUUGGGGGAAAGGUCAUUCUAUUUGGUGGUGAUUUUAGACAAAUUCUUCCGGUCAUCCCUAAAGGUACCAGAACAAUGAUAGUCAAUGCUUCUUUGAGUUCUUCUUAUAUAUGGCGGCACUGUCAAGUACUAAAGCUAACUAAGAAUAUGAGAUUAAGAGUUGGUUGUCAGGAAGCAGAUUUGAAAGAAAUAAAGGAAUUUGGAGAAUGGAUUUUAAAGCUUGGUGAUGGUCUGCUUGGUGAAGAAAAUGAUGGUGAGAUUGAUAUUGAAAUACCAGAUGAUUUACUUCUUCAUGACCAAGUCAAUUCUAUUUAUUCUCUCAUUUCAUUUAUAUAUCCGGACAUGAAUAAGUUUUUGUGGGAUUUAACGUAUUUCCAACAAAGAGCGAUUCUUGCUCCAACUAAUGAAGUAGUGGAUUCAAUAAAUAAAGAGUUGUUAGAGAGUCUGCCCGGUGAAGAAAAGGUUUAUUUUAGUUCAGAUAGUUUAUGCCAAUCGGAGGAAGAAUCAGAGCUUAAUAUGGCAUUGUUUCCUCCUGAUGUGUUAAGCAAUCUUCGUUUAUCUGGUUUACCUAACCAUAAAUUAGUACUGAAACUUGGUGCUCUGGUGAUGUUACUCAGAAACAUUGAUCAGGCAAAUGGAUUGUGUAAUGGUACACGUUUACAAAUCAUGAAGCUUAGAAAAGUUGUGAUUGAAGCAAAAAUUAUCACAGGGACUAAUAUAGGUCAUCAUACUUUGAUUUCAAGACUGAAGAUGACACCUUCAGAUAAAAGAAUACCAGUGAAGAUUUCUCGAAGACAAUUCCCACUUUCACUGUGUUUUGCUAUGACAAUAAAUAAAAGUCAAGGACAAUCAUUGGAGCGUGUUGGUUUAUAUCUUCCACGUCCAGUGUUUAGUCAUGGGCAGCUCUAUGUUGCUGUAUCUAGAGUAAAAAGUAGGAAGGGGUUGAAAAUUUUGAUUUGUGAUAAAGAGAAACGAGUCUGUACAACCACUACUAAUGUGGUUUACAAAGAAGUUUUACAAAAUAUAUGA